GUAAACCCAAAUGAUGAAGGCUUACAGACAGUUACAGAUGAGAAAAAGCCUUCUUUGCAUCUUUGGUUCUGAUUCUUGUUAAAAAUGAUGACAAGCAAGAGAAAGGUUGAUGGAGAUUCUUGUUAAAAUGUGUUUGAAGUAUUACUGUGUAUUCGAACUCAUCGAACCUCACGGGAGUUUCGUCUCUUUGGUGUCUCAACGGGGAAAGGUUUGAGAAUGUGCAUUGAAUAUGUCUUCAAUGGCUACUCUCGCUGGUGAAGUUUCGGUCUUUGCAGACACUAACUUGGGCACUCGCAUUGCUUUGAAUGUUCCUCAUAAUAUUACUGCAGGAGCAUUCAAAAGAGACUUUGAGAGAGUUCACUUCUUGUGUUUGCCAAAUUCAGGAAAGAUCCAAGUUAAUGGAUUAAUGGUCAAGCGAAAAUUGUGCUUUUACUACCUGCCUGAUUCACUGCCUCUAAAAUAUGUCUUCCAUCGGAUGAGAGGGGCAUGGUUUCUUCAUGUGGAAGCGAUUCAUUUGAAGAAUUUUUGCAUUUCACAUUCACCCAAGUCUGCUCCUACUACUCAUUUUCAGUCUCAGGACUUCAUAAGCUGCAAUGCUGAUAAUGAGGCAAGAGGCAGCGGUGAGGACAAUACUGUUCAGAUUUUAAAGAAAAAGAAGAAGAGAAGGAGAAAAUAUGACAAAAGGCACUUGCAGAAUGCAGCCAGUGCAAUUCCAGAAGGAUGCUCUGGUAAACUUGAAGAAAGAUUUCCAGGU